AUGUUGGACCCACGAGUCACCGUGACGCUCGUCCCCCUCUUUGAAGACACACACCCUCUACGUACCCUCACCUUCACCAGACAUGAUAUGCCCGUAGCCAUCGGACGGGCCUCGAAGCGUGAAACCCGAAAACGUAAUCCCGCAACAGAAAACGCUUGGUUUGAAUCUCGAGUCAUGUCUCGUGAUCAUGCCUUCCUGAAGAUAUCGCCGGAUCAAAAUAUGGUUUUCAUAUCAGACUGUGGCUCAACACACGGGACAUACAUGAACGAUAUCAAACUAUCGACAAACGAGGAUCAUCCGCUAUUCAGCGGGGACGUAAUCCGGUUCGGUGUCGAUGUUGACCGUGGUCAUGAGGUAUUUGAGGCCAUCGAAGUCCGCUGCAAGAUUCAGUGGCCUAAACCCCAGUUUGUGGUCAUCCCAGAUGAUGAGGAGAAAGUUAUCAAACUGGAUCCCAGUUCAUCAAGAAACAGUUUCUCUGUCCCUGAAGAUAGCGAUAGCGAGUCCGUCGAGCUCUUGUGCAGCGACUCUUCUAAAGAGCCUGUUGCUCGAUCUUGGGAAGAUACUGUUCUGCAGCCUGAGGAUAUAUCUCCCGUCUCUCUCGAUUUGGGUGUCCAGCAUGAUAAAUAUUCCAAGAACGAGGGCGAACCUCCAAAGUCCCAGGAAGAACCUCAGGAGAACCUGCCGAACCUCCAUUCGGAAAAUCUGUCUCCCAUUGAAUCUCUGAGUAAAGUCUGCGUCCAGGCCACAGCCACUGCAAUAGAUCCCGACCUCCCUACUCCCAUGUCUGAUACAAACCCGAUAGCCGACGCCAAACCAGUCUCAGAUGGUAAAGAGUCUUGCGCUAAACCGACCUCUUUUGAAUUCUCAUUGGUUCAGCCAUUUACGGAAGAUAGUGUCCCUGAAAUCUGCUACCAACAGAUUCCCGAGAUCCAUUACAACAACUGGACCAUGAUGAGACCCAUGUUCAUGCGCUUGGCAGAUAUGGCUUGGGGUGAAUCCAACACUAUUCCCGAUAUCGACCGUGAGAGGCGAGUCAUCCACUCUGCACGCCGUUGUUCCCUUGACACAGAUGAUUACUGGGUUGAUGACUGCCCUGGCUUCAAACCUUGCGUUGGGACCGAAGUCUAUUGGGAACUGGACUCUGAAGAAUCAGACACAUCGUUCCAUCGUAUGCCGGGUAGCCUCCUUAGGUACUGGUCCGUCGAUAAGCGCAGAUACUGGAUCAUCUAUGAGGACGAAGAUACCCAGAAGCUGAAUAACUGGUGGUGGAUCGUUGAGAAGCCACUGGAGCUUCUCAGUGAGGAACUGAAGCGCCAGCUCGAGACUGAAACCGAGAUUGAUGACUGUCACAAAUACUGGAUCGUGAGAGCCUGGAAGCCCCAGAUGGUUUGUGGUCAAUGGUGCGAUGCGGCUCCUUACUGGGAUACAAAUUUCGACCAGAACUUGCUUUACGAUGACGAUUCAGUUGAUUCGGGCGAAGAAGGCCUGAGCAGCGAGGAAUGCAUCUCCGAGUCGGGCAGUCUCAUGGAUUCGGCCUCAGACUACUACGAUGAAUAUCACGGUGAAUAUUCGCAUGGGGCAUUUGACAGCGAGUCUCUCUACGGAGUCGAUGGUGGAGCAUCCGAACAAUACCUCCAUGGGCACGACGAAGAGGAAGACUGCGAAGAGGAUGAAAAUGCAGAGGAAUAUGAUGAAAACUCGGAUGAAUCCGAAAGCGACUCUGAAUACUCCUCAGAGGAUGCGCAUCUGGAGCACCGCGACCCGCAGAAGUCUCACAUCCACAUUUCCUUUGAGCAUCCCAUUCACACCGAUGCCGUCGAAGUAUCCAAACAUUCACCUCAGGAAACUGAUCCGAAGCCACUCUUCCAGGAGGAACAUGUAGAUCAGUCUCUGGACCCUACACGAAAAGAGAACAAACCGGCAAUUGCACAGAAUCUUCCCCCCAUGAUGAAGCCAGGUGCUCGAUUCCCCACAUAUAAUGUUUCUGGUGAACUGCCGGAGGCAUGUGAGAACAAAUUUCCUCUCAUGCAACGCAGGAUUGAGAACACUGUCGGGGUGCCGUCCUUUUCCCAUGCGUAUGAAACUGGUUAUCAUGAUGGACCAUUCUCUAGCAAUGCUCUCGCAGGAGAUGUUUUACCGCCAUACAUGGCAACGACUUGUAAAUCUCCCUUGAAACGUACAGCCACAGAGAUGGAGUCAUCGUCCCUCGAGUCCGAUUUCUCUCAGGAUGCCCAACAGGUCGCGAUAGAGCCCGCCAGCCAGCCAGAUCUUCACACCAUUUCCUCUGAAGCCAUGGAGGCAAUUGCCUCUGCACUUGCUGAGAAUGUUGCUGCGACCACUGAGAAUGAGCGUCCAGCAAAGCGAGUCAAACCCAAUCAUUCAAGCUCAAAGAGCUUGGCAAGCCACGCCACCACGGCUGUGGUGAGUGCUCUACUGGGUGGUCUAGGAACCAUUGCUAUGCUUGCCGCUUUGCCCAAUGAAUACUUUCAAUGA